AUGGUGAUGCAAGCGCCAUUGGCGAUGUGGACGUUGGCUCCCCUGCCGUCGACUGUCUUAAAGCUGUUCAUGAUGAGCUCCUGCUUCAGCGUGAUCACCAUGUCCCUCUCGAACACGAUCCACAGCGGCCUGUCCUGGAUCACGGCGUGGCGGAGCGUCCCGGGCCUCGGAUUUACGGGGUCAUCGUCGCGAGGAUCCGUGACCACGUAG